AUGGCCACAUUGGUGACCGACCGCACUCACACUAUCGCACAGCUCGCUGCCAUUGCGCGCCAAACGUCGCCGCAGCCGCCGCAGGAGCUUGUCGCCACGGUUGAAAGGUUCUGUGAGCUUGCCGGCCUCGUCAUGGGCAACCAGGACAUCGUUGAGCACUUGAGCCUCCAACUCGGUGGCGCCUUCGUUCGCAUGGCGAGCUGCUGCACCGUGUGGGCAGCCGUAGCUGCGGUGCGGCGUGAGAACUGGUCGCGGAUGCGGCUAACAAUCAAGGCCGUUCUGCAGCCGCUCGAGCUGGGGGCGGGUGAGACUCUGUGUCCUGUGGAGGGCGUGAUCGCGCACCCAAGCGGCGCCGUGUACAAGUCGAGCUCGAUAGGCGUCGAAGUUCUCGCGGGAAGCACGCCUGGGCUGCCGCCCGCAUCGACGCUGCUCAACAUCGCCGAGGACGAGCUCAAGCCGCGGAUGCCGCCCGCCAACUUCGAGCAGAUCCUCUCGAGCGUUGCUGGGCUGGCAAUCUGCGACGAUGGCGAUCUGUUCGUCGUGCACAUGGCUGGUGAGCUUCUGAAGUACACCGAAGGCGACCUUGUUGGAAGCGUGAGCUCCAACGCCGACCGUUCGGACUGCUUCUUCCACCCACAUUCGGUUGCCGCCGUCGGCUCUCGCCUGUACGUCACCGACAUGCGCAACGACCGGCUGGUCGUCGUCGCAAAGGAUACGCUCACGUGGAUGGGGACAACAGCAGAAGAAGGCGUCUCGCUGAGGCUGCCGCAAGGUAUCGCAUCGGAUGGAGAUCAGCUGGCCGUGGCCGACUUUGGAAAUGACCGUGUCGUGGUGCUCACGUUGGAGGGCAAGCUCGUGCGAGCGAUCGGAAGCGGCGGCGAUCAGCCGGGGCAGAUGCGGUUUCCCUCAGGCGUGGCGAUGGCCCACAACCUCAUCUACGUGUGCGACAUGGCGAAGGUCCGCAUCCAGGUCUUCACGCAGGAGGGCGGGCUGCUGCAGGUCAUCGGCGCGCCCAUCCGAGGCCAAAUCUGCUCUCUCACCAUCGACCAGACGCCGCGCUUCGAUGUGUGCGGCCACGGUAACAUCGCCUCGCACCUGUACGCCGGCACUCGCCGCGACGGGGUCCUCAUGUUCAGCUACGCAGGGGAGGCAGACGAGGAGGGCAGCGACGAGGAGGGCGAGGAGGACGACGAGGGCAGCAGCUAG